AUGAAUACAACACAGAAAUCACCAGAAGCUGGAACCUCUCCUCCAGUCAAACAGCUGCUUGAUAAACCAGAGACUGUCACCACCAUAUACACUGGGUAUGAUGAUUACCUUUACAAUGUGGCCUGUCUGAGUGAUGAAGAAAUCUGGACAAAAGGAAAUGACAGCACCAAGAAACUCUACAGCAUCAAUCAGGGAUCACUACUCAAGUCAAUCACAACUAAGUCAGGGGACGAACCACACGACAUAGCAGUGACAAAAAGUGGAGAUCUAGUUUAUGCUGAUAACAUUGAUGGAACUGUGAACAUUGUGAAGAAUGAGAAGAUAGAGGAGGUGAUCAAACUACAGGACUGGUUUGAUGAUAAAGGUAAACCUCUCUAUUCAACUGGUAAUAGAUACAUGACUGAAAACAGGAACCUGGAUAUCUGUGUGUCUAACUGGAGAGCUAAAGCAGUAAUGGUGGUCAAUCAGGCUGGGAAACUCAGAUUCAGGUACACUGGACAUACUCCUUCUCUAAAGAACAAUUCAUUUGAUCCACUAGGAAUCACCACAGACAGUCAGAGUCACAUCCUUACAGCUGAUUAUUACAAUAACUGUGUCCACAUCAUAGACCAGGAUGGACAGUUCCUCCGUUACAUUGACUGUGGACUGAGUAAACCCUGUGGACUGUGUACAGAUACAAAUGACAAUCUGUUUGUUGCUGAUCAGUAUAGAAAAAGACAAGUGAAGGAAAUCAAAUAUCUAAGUGAAAUUUAA